UGUGUUCAAGGCAGGGGCGGGCCGGCGGGUCCAGGCCGUGGUGGUGAUUGGAGGAAAGGGGUUGGCGGGAACGGAAGGGACGUGCGCGAACGGAGUCAGCGGGCGGAAUGCCUGUGGAAAGCAAGAUGGCGGACAAAGAAAAGAAGAAGAAAGAGAGCAUCUUGGACCUUUCCAAGUACAUUGACAAAACCAUCCGUGUCAAAUUCCAAGGUGGUCGGGAAGCUAGCGGUGUCUUGAAGGGAUUUGACCCCCUUCUCAACCUCGUGUUGGAUGGUACCAUCGAGUACAUGAGAGAUCCAGAUGACCAAUACAAACUCACGGAGGACACCCGUCAGCUGGGACUGGUAGUCUGCCGAGGCACAUCUGUAGUUCUUAUUUGUCCUCAGGAUGGGAUGGAAGCCAUUCCAAACCCGUUUAUCCAGCAGCAGGACGGCUAGCCUCUUCUUGAACCCUUGGGAGGACUGCCAAAGCUAACUCCCUCGCCCCAAGCCUCCUUGGAAGGGGAAACAUUUGUAUUUUUUUCAUACAGAAGGACCUUGUUUGUGGUUUAUUAUUUUUUUUUAUUUUUGUUUUGGCACUGACUCCAAUUCACUCCAACUCACAAAAAAGUUCAUUUGGAAGGAGUUCAACUCCCACAUGAGGAAAUUACCUCUCUGGUUUCUUCAGGCCAGCAUCCAUCACUUCAGUAUUGACCGCAGUAACCUUCAUCAGCUGCACAGCAGGAGGAGACUAAAUAUAAUAUUUUAGCAGCAGAUGGUUGAGAUUUUUUUUCUUUUCUUUCCUGGGCCAAGAUGAGAGAUCCUAAGCUACUGCCGGUACCUCACGUUCAUUUAGGAACUGCCGGUGUCUGAGAAUUUCAUCCCUAGAACAGUGCAAGGACUAGGAGAAUGGAACCGAAGUCCUAUCCGCUUUCUUUGAGCUCCAGAUAAAAGGGCAGCGCUAAUGUUUGGAUCAUGUGUUCAAAUGAAUAGUUCCUUGGUGGAAUUUUUCAGGGCGUUCUGUUGUUAUUCCUGUUUGGAGGAGAAUUCCUGGAUUCUGAAAUAAAAGUUAAUUUCUGAACAUA